AUGUUUUUGACAAGGUCAGAGUACGAUCGCGGUGUAAACACUUUCUCACCUGAAGGACGUUUAUUUCAGGUUGAAUAUGCCAUUGAGGCUAUAAAGGGUAUCAUCCUAGCCGUCGAAAAACGCAUCACUUCUCCAUUAUUGGUAGCAAGUAGCAUUGAAAAAAUUAUUGAGAUUGAUUCGCAUUUAGGGUGUGCUAUGAGUGGGUUGACUGCCGAUUCCCGAACAAUGAUCGAUCACGCCAGAGUCGCAGCGCAAAAUCAUAAUUUUACUUAUAACGAAAAAAUUAAAGUCGAAUCCGUUACACAAGCUGUAUGCGAUUUGGCUCUAAGGUUCGGAGAGAGCGCUCAUGGUGAAGAAUCAAUUAUGAGUCGACCUUUUGGAGUAGCCUUGUUGAUUGGCGGUGUCGAUGAGAAGGGACCUCAGUUAUUUCACGCAGAUCCAUCUGGAACUUUCAUGCAAUAUGACGCGAAAGCCAUCGGGUCUGGAUCUGAAGGUGCACAGACUGAGCUACAAGAAGAAUAUCACAAAUCUCUCACUCUAGUGGAUGCUGAAACUUUGUCAUUAAAAGUAUUGAAACAGGUAAUGGAAGAAAAACUGAACAAAACCAAUAUUGAGUUGGCAUCUAUCACAUCAGAACAUGGAUUUAGAAUUUAUAGUGAGGAUGAAUUACAAGCUGUGAUAGAUAGAUUAUAA